AUGGGGGAAGCAUUGCAUGAGUGGUCCCAUGGUUCGACAAAUAGUUGGGACACAGGUUUACUCCCUCAGGCUACCCUACGAAUUCCAGGGUAUCGCUUGCCAGUGGUAGAGGUGUAUUGGCAGCAUUCCACAGUGCUAAAGCUGCUAGUUUACUCCACCAUCGUGCUUUUGGUGGCUUUCUGGGCUCAACAUCAAUUACAGCACUUGUCGGAACGGGGUUGCAGGAAUGCAGAUUCAGACUUGGCUGGUGACAUCUCAUCACCCUCGGAAGACUCCGAUGAAGACAGUGCGUGCGGAGACCUGAAGUUUGAUGACCGUCAAACAUCACCAGGAGCAAGCGGAGCAGAGGAACGCGUCAGCAGGAGCUGUGAAGACGAAGCAUCUGGCGGUGCCGCUGCAGCAGCUGCGGGAGCAGCAGCAGAUGACAAGGAUGACGACUCCAGCAGCACAUGCAGCAAUCGAGCUGCUGGAAAAGAUUGUGAGGAACAUAGAAUGGAAGGGCAGGGAGAUUCAAACUCGGGUGCUGACAUCUCAUCACCCUCGCAAGACUCCGAUGAAGACAGUGCGUGCGGAGACCUGAAGUUUGAUGACCGUCAAACAUCACCAGGUAUCCACGACGAGUCUCUUCCACUGUCAGACGUAGCAAGCACUCAAGUUCCGGGAACCGGAGUGACAGAGGAAGGCGUGAGUGGCAGCUGUGAAGACGAAGCAUCUGGCGAUGCCACGGCAGCAGCUCCAGAAGCAGCAGUAGAUGACGAGGAUGGCGUCUCCGACAGCAACUGCGGUCAUCUUGUUCAUGACUUUGCACGUAAUGAUCAGGAAAGUACCGUGAACAAUGCCGAGAGCACAAGAGCCGAGCCGCACGAUGCUCAGGCAGCUGCUGGAGAAGCAGCUGAGAAACAUAAAGUGGAAAGGCCGGGGCGUGCGAAAUGGAUGGGGCAGCUGGCUGGUCUAUUGGAAACUGCAGGCAAGAAGUUAACUGGCGUCGCAGGAAAAUCUGACGUGGCAGCAAACCCAACACCAGAAGAAGCAGCAGGUGAGACUGCUGCCAGCAGUUCAAAGGCGCCUCAACCUCAGGAAGGCAGGCGUCAUUACACGAAAUUGGCCUUGGGGCAUUGGAAUUCUCCCCACUAUAGAAAAUUAGGAAAGCCUUAUGACUUUCCGCAUCUCAAGGCAUUAAACUAUAUUGAGCUGCGAAAAGAGCUAAUGAAUUUCGCGGAAUCCAUGGGUAACUUGUGCGCUCCCCAUAGCGAACCAUUUCGAGCUACGGUCAAGGCGGACUGUGAUAUACGCUUUGUUGGUAUAGUGACCUUGCAUAUUGAGGUUACGGAGGAAGAUAUGGAAAAUCAAAGCUCCCUAGGCCAAUUUAGGCGAAGGGUAGUAUCAGAAAAUCCGUUUAGCAGACGGGUUCCUGAGAGGUUUACGCGCGAUUUGUUGGCACUAAUAGAAGAGCUGAGCCUCACGGUCUCAGAGCACGCACAGCGGGCAGGAAUGCCGUACGGUCGUACAGAGUUUUAUUCUACCGUGCUAGAAAAGCCGGCUACUGCAGCCUGCACAGGCAAAGUUUCUUUGAAGAUAUUUGGGAUCAAAGCAGAUGCGGAGGAUAGCGCCGACCGCGACGGUGAACAAGGGGAGCCGAAAACAGAUGCACCAAUUCAACCAGGCAAUCGUGCCAGCGGCUCUUUUGCGAAUGAGCUCGUUGACCCAGUGCCAACUCUUUAG